AUGCCUGAAGAACAUUACAUAUCAGAUCAUAUCUCCAGUAAACCAGGAAAACCUAUACCUCGUAGUCAUACUGUUGUAAGACGUCAUGCUCCAAAACUUGGUAAUCCAACUCCACUUGGUCUUUCUGCUUUCGCAUUAUCGGUUAUGGUCGUGUCCUUUUAUAAUAUGCAAUCACUUGGUGUCGUUGUACCAAAUGUUGUAGUUGGUGUUUCUAUGUUCACCGGUGGUGUAGUACAAUUUGCUGCUGGCAUGUGGGAAUUCAGAGUUGGAAACACCUUUGGUGGUACAGGAUUUUCUGCUUUUGGUGGUUUCUGGACUUCCUUUGGUGCUCUUUAUAUCCCAUCAUUUGGAAUUGAAAAAGCUUUUGAGAAUCAUUUUCGAGUCUUUAUAUACAAACGAAAAUAUUGA